CUCAAAGAUUGGCAAAGUGUGCAUAAGAAAACCGAAGAGCGCUUCAAAUUGGCUAAAGAUAAUUCUGAUUAUCUAGGCACUAUAACAGAUUACUUGGAGAAAAUACGCAACUAUGAUAGCUUCAAGAUGACGGUGCUGCAAAUACCCAAUGUUAUGGUUGGGCUGCGUCAUAUAUGGACCAUGUCCAGCUACUAUUGCCGCGAUGCUGAAAUGCAAGUGCUGCUUUGUGAAAUUUCCAAUGUCUUUGUGCAGAAAGUUAAGAACAUCAUCAAUUUUGAUAAUAUAUUUCGUUACUCAGCCACUUAUACCUAUGAAACUGCUACAAACUGCGCCAAUUUGCUGCGCUGCUGGAAACAAGCUUAUAAGACCAGCCGCCAGCAUAUAGAAGAAUCUGGUGCUGGCUCGCGUUGGGAAUUUGAUCGCGUGGCGCUGUUCAAUGAGGUCAAUCAUAUACAUCGCGUAGCUGGCGAUAUUGCUUAUGUUGGACGCGUGUUUAUACAAUAUGAGAAUCUAUUUGGACGCAAUCUCAAAGCGCUUAUAACCGAUCCAGCUAUUGUGGACAAUUUAAUGCGUAAAAUUUAUCGUUUGCUGGAUGAUCUCAUACGCACUGUGGACUACGAUAUGUUUAUGCCUAGCAAUUGGGAAAACUGGGAGUAUUCGCUGGAGCAGUUCAAUAAGCGUCUAGAAAAUUUGGAGCUAGAAGCAAAGACUGUAAUAGAUCAAAGCAUUAACUCGCUGCUCUCCGCAGAAAAAGGACUUAAGCUAGUUAUUAAUGCUAGUCAAAUAGAUACGCGCAAAAUGCUGCAGGAUUUUGUUUCCACCAAGCAUGAAAAUCUGCUGAGAUUUUUUGUUACCGAAAUUAAUAAUGUGGAAGCUGUUUUUACGCGCUUUAAAAAAACGCCACCCAUGCCCAAGCUGCAGCCUGCAAAGAUAAGCGCUGUUUGUUGGGCGCGCUUGCUGGGCAGAAAGCUGAAAAACUCGGUUAUGGCUUUUAAAAAAGUUGAAGAUGAUCCUGCUUUAAAAAAUAGUUUUCUUAAACGCAGCGCUUUUAAACAAUAUUUCGAAUUGAUGACUGUAUUCUUUCAGUUUGAAAAGAUACUAUUCGAAAAAUAUAUGCAGAACUCAACGUUUAUUGUUAAUCAUACCAAUCGCGCUAACAUACUUAGCAUAGAAAUCUGUGAUGCUGCCAUAAUCAGCUAUAUAUCGGAGUCAACGCAAACAUUGAAGUCGCAACGCAAAAGCUCACUUAAUGUUACCAGCUCGAAUUAUGGCACUGGCCAAGUGCUAAGCCUUAUGGACAUGGAGUCUGAGGGCAUGAGCAUGAGCGGCAUGAGCACAUACAGCGUCUUUGAGAAGGAGGAGGACGAGGAUGAUUUGUCGCUGACAGCAGUCAGCGAGGCAACACAAAUGAAUUUUGUGUGCAAAGUCAAUCGCUUUACAGUGUUAACUGCCAUGAUUAUGUGGAUGGUGGGCAAGACGCGUCAUUCGAAUGAGCAGCUACGCAAUGCGCGCAAUUUUCUUGCAAAUAUAAAGGAGAAGAAGGCUAAGGAUAUAACAGCACGCGAUCGCGAGUGUGUGCAAGUUUGCGAGCUGCUCAUACGCGCUGAAUCGCAGCGCAAUUUACCCAUUUGGCGUGAACUUGUGGCUGACAAGGUGCUCAUCGAAUAUGGCAUGCAGUUUGUUGUGAAUUUGGAUCGCGAAGUAUUCGAUACCAUGUUCGAGGGUCAGCUGUUUGAAUAUCUUGGCUUUAGUUUGCCCUCAGUGCUGCGCACUGCUAUAAUGAAAAAGGAUUUGCUGUUUAAGGACUACGAAAAGCUGUCCGAGGUAAUCAAUCGCUACAACAAUAUCAUUGGCAAUCUGUCGCUAUCCGAGGUUGUCUUUCUACGCGAACAUAUCUACGACACUGAGCUGUUUAUACAAAUGGGCGUAGGUCGCUAUAGCUGGAUAUCGUUUAAUAUAAGCAAAUUCUGCGAUCAAAUCAACUCGCAGCUGCGCAAGUUGACGUCGAUAGUGUCGCAAAUAAAUUUUAUACGCAUGGAUUUGCGCAGUCGCAUUGAUAUGAUCAAAGGCUACAAUCUGUUUAAUCUGGACGAUGAAACGGAGGAGCAAAGCAAGGCUAUGGUGCCAGUAUCUUUCAGUAGAUCGCGCAGCAUAGCCGACAAUGCGAGCAUUUCGUCGCGCACUUUUAAAUCCAGCACUGGGGAAAGUAUCACCAUAAUGACAGCAGAGGACGAGCACGAUGUGGAGAAGAAAGCGCAGGCUAUAACUUGCGGCUCGGGCGUUUACGAAUGUCAGGGCUACUUUGAAAUGUUGGAGGCUUCACGCAAUCGCAAAACGGCGCAAAUGAAGCGACUUUACGAUUCGCUGGGGCCAGUGCUUAUCAAAUUGGAAAGCUUAGUGCUGGGCACAUUUAGCGGGCGUUCCGACAAAAUGCGCAACUACUAUGAAUUCUGGGAGGAGGAGACCUACAAAUGCAUUUUAGACAUGACCUAUCAGAAUCUCAAGUGCUAUGUUAGUCGUUUGCUAUCGGAAAAUCCCAUGUUUGAAGUCAAAGCUGUGCUGCUUAUGUCUGAAAUUGUGCUGGAGCCCUCAGCUAAUGAGCUGCAAAAUAUUAUUAUAACAGCAGCUAAGGAUUAUUUAACGCGCAUUAAAAUAUUUACGCGCUGGAUGAGCGGCACUUGUCUCAACUGUCCGCUCAUCGAUGCUGGUGGCAAUCAAUGGAAAUACAAUUAUACCUUCUAUGAGGAUAUAGUGCAAAUCAAAUAUAUUAUUGAUAUUGUUAUACAAAUACAAGAGCUGGCUGCCAAGAUUGUUUCUGAAGCCAAAGGCUUUGUCGUGCAAUUUCGCAAAUACUUUAAUCUGUGGGCCUAUGAGAAGGACAUGAUAUGCCAAAAGUUUGUCGAACGCCAAGUGACGCUCAUCGAAAUCGAUGAGAAAUUUACAUUUUACUCGACCAUUGUCGAGAACAUGCGGCAAAUGCGCAAGUAUCACGACGUCAGAUGUGUGCGCAUAAAUUUGACACCAUUGCUGAAUAGCAUUACGCAACAUGCACAGGAAUGGUGUCGAAUCCUGGGCGAGGAGCUGCUGCGCCAUGUUAACGACAACACAAAGGCAAUGCGUAACGAAAUCAAACUGCUUAGCUUGAAUCUGAACAAAGCCACACGCGAGCUGGAGGACUUUAAGCUGGUGAUGCAAACUAUUGCAACAGUGCAGGCAACAACGCUAACAAAUGAGCAAAAGAUCCAUGAGAUGCAAGAGACAUUCACAGUGCUAAGUGAGCAUGAGAUACCCUUUAACUACGAGGACAUGCUGAUAGCACAUCACUUGGAGAAGCGUUGGAAGCGUCUCUUUCUAUCAGCGCUAUAUCGGUCGGAGAAGCUGCAGCCAAUUAAGCAAAAAUUUGCCGAAAUGACUUCCGGCGAAAUCGACGUAUUUUGCGAUGAUCUGGACGAGUUCAUUAAGGACUGGGACGAGAACGGACCAGGCUCUGUGGGCGCUGAGCUAGAGCGCGGCAUACGCCUGAUGGAUCCUUAUGGCCAAAAGUUGGGCGAGCGUGAGCUGCGACGCCAGGAGCUGGCCAAUGCGGAGCGUCUAUUCGAUAUGCCCAUGGUGGACUAUCACGAAUUUGCGCGCGUGCAAACGGAGUACGAGGGACUGCAGCAGAUCUUCAAGCUUUAUCGCUCGCAAAAGAAUGGACGCGAAAUCUGGGGCAAGACGCUGUGGGUGGACCUGGACCCCAAUGUAUUAACCGAGGGUGUGGAAAGCUAUUUGAAAGAAUUUCGCAAGUUGCCAAAGCAGGUACGCACACAGCCCGUGGGGCAGCAGCUGGAGAUUCACAUGAAGCAGUUCAAGGCCACAGUGCCGCUGAUGGUGAGCCUCAAAAACGAGGCACUGCGCGAACGCCAUUGGCGACAGCUGAUGGAGAAGACGGGUCAGUUCUUCGACAUGUCGCCAGCACGUUUCACCCUGGAGAAUAUGUUUGGCAUGCAGCUGCAUAAAUAUCAAGAGAUAGCCGAGCAGAUAUUAACCAAUGCCAUCAAGGAGUUGCAAAUUGAGCGUGGCGUGCAGGCUGUAAUUGAAACCUGGGCGACCAUGAGCUUCAAGGUGCUGAAGCAUCACAAGGGCAUGGAGGAUCGUGGCUGGAUAUUGGGGCCAGUGGAUGAAAUUAUGCAAGUACUGGAGGACAAUGCAAUGAAUCUGCAGUCCAUGGGCGCGAGUCAAUUCAUUGGUCCCUUUCUGGAAACUGUAAACAAAUGGGAGCGUCUGUUGGCGCUUGUAUCGGAGAUCAUAGACGAGUGGCUGGUGGUGCAGCGCAAGUGGCUUUAUCUGGAGGGCAUAUUCAUUGGCGGCGAUAUACGCACACAGCUGCCGGAGGAGGCGCGUAAAUUUGAUGACAUUGAUAAGUCCUAUAGGCGUAUCAUGGUCGAUUGUGCCAAAAAUCCGUUAGUGGCGCCAUUUUGUUCAGUGCCCGGACGUUUAUUGGAUAUACAAAGUCUGGGAGUUGGCUUGGAAAAUUGUCAGAAGUCGUUAAACGAAUAUUUGGACUCGAAACGUCGCAUUUUUCCGCGUUUCUAUUUCAUAUCCACAGAUGAGCUGCUCUCAAUUUUGGGCAGCAGUGAGCCAUCUGCAGUGCAGAACCACAUCAUUAAGAUGUACGACAAUAUCAAGUCGCUGCGCCUAGUGAAGGAGGGAAAUCUGACACUGGUUACCGCCAUGAUAUCCAGUGAGGGAGAGGUCAUGGAGUUUCGCUAUCCACAGCGCGCGCAAGGACGUGUGGAGCAUUGGAUGAACGAUGUAUUGGAUGAAAUGCGUCGCUCGAAUCGCUACAUAACAAAGACGUGCAUCUACGACUUUGGCACUGAUCUGGUAAUUGCAAGGCCAGAGUGGUUAAUGAACUACCAAGGCGGCGUAGGCCUGGGCGCCAGUCAAGUUUGGUGGACGGCCGAGGUAGAGGAAGCAUUCGAUCAGGCACAAAAUCAUGGCAAUAUGCGUGCCAUGAAGGAUUUUCUGCACAAGAGUAACUAUCAAAUUGAGGAGCUUGUGUUGACAGUGCGUUCGAAUUUGUCACGCAAUGAUCGUUUAAAGUUUAAGGCAAUGUGCACAAUCGAUGUGCAUGCUAGAGAUAUUAUCGAUAACUUUGUGCGCGAUAAUAUUCUGGAUGCUGGCGAGUUUAGCUGGGAGAGUCAGCUGCGCUUCUACUGGGUCAAGUUCUAUGAUAAUUUGCAUGUGCUGCAGUGUUCGGGCAGCUUUGACUAUGGCUAUGAGUAUAUGGGACUGAAUGGACGUUUGGUUAUAACGCCGCUAACCGAUCGCAUAUACUUGACUAUAACACAAGCGCUGCUAAUGAAUUUAGGCGGCGCUCCUGCGGGUCCAGCAGGCACAGGCAAAACGGAGACAGUUAAGGACUUGGCCAAGGCAAUGGGUUUGCUUUGUGUUGUCACCAAUUGCGGCGAGGGCAUGGACUACAGAGCUGUGGGCACCAUCCUGUCUGGUUUGGUGCAGUGCGGCGCUUGGGGCUGCUUUGAUGAAUUCAAUCGCAUUGAUAUAUCCGUGCUUAGUGUUAUCUCCACACAGCUGCAGACAAUACGCAAUGGACUCAUACGCAAGCUGGAACGCUUUGUCUUUGAAGGCGUUGAAAUUAAGCUGGAUCCCAAGUGCGGAGUGUUUGUUACUAUGAAUCCUGGUUAUGCAGGCCGCACUGAGCUGCCCGAAUCGGUCAAGGCGCUGUUUCGUCCAGUUACUUGCAUUAAGCCCGAUCUGGAGCUCAUUUGCUUAAUUUCGCUGUUCUCUGAUGGUUUCCUCACAGCCAAAGUGUUGGCCAAAAAGAUGACUGUGUUGUAUUCGCUUGCACAGGAGCAGCUAUCCAAGCAAUGCCAUUACGAUUGGGGCUUGCGCUCCUUGAACUCAGUGCUACGCAUGGCGGGCGUAAUGAAGCGUCAAUCGGAGGAUCUGCCUGAAGCUGUUGUGCUGAUGCGUGUGCUGCGUGACAUGAACUUUCCCAAAUUUGUGUUUGAGGAUGUGCCGCUUUUCCUGGGGCUCAUUAAGGAUCUGUUUCCAGGCAUUGAUUGUCCACGCAUUGGCUAUCCGGAUUUUAAUGCAGCUGUGCGUCAUGUGCUUGUCAACGAUGGCUACAUACUGCUGGCCGAUCAGGAAGACAAAGUGGUGCAAAUGUACGAAACCAUGAUGACCCGACACUCGACCAUGAUUGUGGGCCCAACAGGUGGCGGCAAAACUGUCGUCAUAAAUGCUCUGGUCAAAGCGCAAAUCCACAUGGGCCUGCCCACCAAGUGCAUUGUGCUUAACCCCAAGGCUUGCUCGGUUAUUGAGCUAUACGGAUUUUUGGAUAUGGAGACACGAGACUGGAUCGAUGGAUUAUUUUCAAAUAUAUUCCGUGAAAUGAAUAAACCAAUAGAGCGUGAGGAGCGUCGCUAUGCCUGCUUUGAUGGCGACGUCGAUGCACUCUGGAUUGAGAACAUGAACUCUGUUAUGGAUGACAACAAGCUGUUGACUUUGGCCAACGGCGAGCGCAUACGGCUCGAGAAUUAUUGUGCGCUGCUCUUUGAGGUGGGCAAUUUGAAUUAUGCCUCGCCCGCAACAGUCUCGCGUGCCGGCAUGGUCUAUGUGGAUCCCAAGAAUCUGCGCUACAGUCCGUUCUGGGAGCGUUGGGUGCUGACACGCCCGGAGGCGCAGCACGAGAUGCUGAAUGACUUUUUCGAAAAGAUUAUAACGCAGGCUAUAGCAUUCAUACUGGAAGGUUUAGACGGCACUACGCAGGGCAAUCCGCUGAAGUUGGUUAUAAUGCAAACGGAUUUGAAUAUGGUGACGCAGUUUUGUAAUCUCUACGAUGCUAUGCUGCCCACUUAUGGACCAGCUGAGAAUAAGAAGAGUGAUGAGCCUGAGCUGAAAACCUAUACUGUCGAUAGCUUGGAGUGCUGCUUUUUGCAGGCAGUGUACGGCUCGCUGGGCGCUUGCUUGCUGGAAAAGCAUCAGAUUAUAUUCGAUGAAUUUAUGAAGCGCAUUGCAGGCUUUCCACUGGUGCAGGAUACGGAAGCAAAUCCAGCGCAGGGCGGGCAGUUUCCUCAAGGCAAGCCCACGUUGUAUGAUUACUACUGGGACAUACCUGACAAUUGCUGGAAGGCAUGGGAGUGGGUGGUCAAGCCUUAUGUGCACGAUCCGGCUGUCAAAUUUAGUGAGAUUCUAGUGCCCACUGUGGAUAAUACGCGCACCAAUCGACUGCUGGGACUUAUGAGCGAUAUUAAACGACCUGUGCUGCUGGUUGGUGAGGCGGGCACAUCAAAGACAGCGACCAUCAUGCAAUAUUUGCGCAAUCUGAAUCCGACAACCAAUAUCAUACUCAAUAUUAAUUUUUCAUCGAGAACUUCGUCAUUGGAUGUGCAACGCACGUUGGAGGCAGCUGUGGAGAAGCGCACCAAGGACACAUACGGGCCACCAAUGGGCAAGAAAAUUGCCUGCUUUAUUGAUGACAUGAACAUGCCGCAGGUCGAUGACUAUGGCACACAGCAGCCAAUUGCAUUGCUGAAGCUGUUCUUUGAGCGUGGCGGCAUGUACGACCGUGACAAGGAUCUCAACUGGAAAAAGUUUAAGGAUAUGACAUUCUAUGCUGCCAUGGGCACAGCUGGCGGCGGUCGCAACGAGGUCGAUCCACGCUUCAUCAGCAUGUUCUCCACCUACAACAUUGUGUUCCCCAAUGAUGAAUCGCUUAUACAAAUCUAUUCGUCUAUAUUCAAAGGACAUUUGGUAUUUGUACAGUUCCAGCCACGUUUUCUACCAAUUGCUGAUAUGAUUGUGCAAAUGACGCUCAAACUGUUUAAGAUGGUUAUUGUAGAUCUGCCGCCGACGCCUUCAAAGUUUCAUUAUAUAUUCAAUCUGAAGGAUCUGUCGCGCAUAUUUGCGGGCAUGCUGCUAAUACAGCCGCCAAGCUUUAAGAACUUGCGUGAAUUUGUGCGCGUUUGGCGCAAUGAGUUUACCCGCAUUAUAUGCGAUCGUCUUAUAUCGGAUGUGGACUUGAAGCUAGUGCGGCGUAACUUAGCUGACGAAGUAGCGCUACGUUUUCCACCUGAAUUUGAAGAAGAAAACGGUUGGAUAGACGAGGAAGCAGCAGCUGCUGAAGCACAAGGACGCUUGCUAAUGGAAGCUUAUGCAGAUGACGCUGCCGCUGCUGCCGCCGAAGAAGAAGGCGAGGAGGAGGAGGAAGAAGCUGAGGAGGAAGGCCCACAGGUUGUCCUCUCGCUCAAGGACUAUGUGCUACGCGAUCCGCAGGUCUUUGGCGAUUUUCGCAACUUUACCAACGAGUCUGAGCCACGUUUAUACGAGGAUUUGCUUGAUUAUAAUGCAGUCUUUGCUUUGUUUACCGAAAUACUCGAUGAGUAUUGUGAGCGUCGUCAGAAAAUGACGCUAGUGCUGUUUGAGGAUUGUCUGGAGCAUUUGACGCGUGUGCAUCGCACAUUGCGCAUGAAUCGCGGUCAUGUGCUGCUCAUUGGCGUUGGCGGCUGUGGCAAGAAGUGUGUCACUCGCUUGGCUUCCUUUGCAGCCGAGUGUGAAGUCUUUGAAAUUACCAUAUCACGUGGCUACAAUGAAACCUCCUUCCGUGAGGAUCUUAAAAUCUUGUACACCAUUGCGGGUGUCAAGCGCAAGAAGAUUGUGUUUUUGUUUACUGCAGCGCAGAUAGCUGAGGAGGGCUUCUUGGAGCUGAUCAAUAAUAUUCUGACAGUGGGUCAAGUGCCAGCGCUGUUUGCAGAUGAGGAUAAGGAUGGCAUUGUUAAUCAAGUGCGCAAGUUUGCUGAAGAGGAAGGACUAUCAGCCUCAAAAGACUCUGUUUGGGCUUACUUCCUGCGCACCUGUGCUGAGAAUCUGCAUGUGGUGCUUUGCAUGUCGCCCGCCGGCGAUGCGCUGCGUAAUCGUUGUCGCAGUUUUCCUGGACUCAUUGGCAGCACCUACAUUGAUUGGGUGUUCCCGUGGCCCAAGCAGGCGCUUUAUGCUGUAGGCAGACUAUUCCUUACCGAACACCCACGCAUUCCGCCGCCACAUCGCGAGGCAAUCAUUGAGCAUGUGGUGCAUGUGCAUACAACUAUACAGGAUUACUCCAAGGAGUAUCAGGUGAAGCUGCGGCGCAGUAACUUUGUAACACCCAAGCAUUAUCUGGACUAUAUAAACAUUUAUCUAGGUUUGCUGGAGGAGAAAUUCAAACUGAUUACGAUGCAACGCGAGCGCCUGGGUGAGGGCAUAAAGAAAAUUGAGGAAGCUUCAGUGCAAAUCGACGAACUGCGUCUCAUAGUCACAGAGCAAAAGAAGAAUGUGGCGAUUGCCUCAGAGGAAUGCGAGGCUAUGCUGGUGACCAUUGAAGCCUCCACGCAAAAGGCCAACACUAAGAAAGCCGAAGCUUCUGAGAAAUCCGUUGAGGUUGAAAUAAAGGGCAAGCAGAUUGCCAUAGAAAAGGACGAGGCAGAGGAAAUUCUAGCUGAGGCUAUGCCGGCUUUAGAGGAAGCGCGACGCGCGCUGAGCGAGUUGGAAAAGGCGCAGAUUACUGAGAUUCGUUCCUUUGCCACGCCACCGCCGGCGGUGCAGGUUGUAUGCGAAUGUGUGGCCAUCUUAAAAGGCAUUAAGGAGAUCAACUGGAAGAGCGCCAAGGGCAUGAUGAGCGAUGUGAACUUCUUGAAGAGCUUAAUGGAAAUGAACACUGAGGCUCUAACGCAGCGUCAAAUUACUGCGUGCCGCAAUCACAUGAAGACACAAAAUCUGGAUGAUAUGAGUAAAAUCUCUAUAGCUGGUGCAGGCUUGCUGAAGUUUGUUAAAGCCGUGCUGGGCUUCUUCGAGGUCUACAAGGAGGUGAAGCCCAAGAAGGAGCGCUUGGAGUACUUGGUGGAGGAGCAGGACAUACAAAUCAAACUGCUUAAUCAUUUGAAUAAUGAAAUACAAAAACUGGAGGAUAAACUGGAUGCGCUGAAUCAGAAUUAUGCCACAUCCAUGCGGCAAAUGAAAGCGCUGACUGAAAUGAUGCAGCAGGCUGAGCGUCGGCUGAUAGCGUCUGAUAAGCUCAUAAGCGGCUUGACUUCCGAGUUAAUACGCUGGAGCAAGGAGAUGGCCAGCCUGGGGCAGCAGCUGAUUGACAGCGUGGGCUGUUCCCUUAUAAGCGCCUCAUUUUUGGCAUACACGGGCGCGUUUACAUGGGAGUUUCGCAAGACGAUGGUGUUCGACGACUGGCUGGAGGAUAUUAUAGAGCUGGGCAUACCGGUUGCUAUGCCCUUUAAGAUUGACAGCUAUCUGACCACCGAUGUGGAGAUAUCGCUGUGGAGCAGCGAGGGCUUGCCACCCGAUGAGCUGUCCAUACAGAACGGCAUACUAACAAUGCGCGCCUCACGCUUUCCACUCUGCAUAGAUCCGCAGCUGCAGGCGCUGAUGUGGAUACGCAAAAAGGAAUAUCGCAAUAAUCUGAAGGUGCUGGCGUUCAGCGAUGCGGACUUUCUCAAGCAACUGGAGAUGGCUAUAAUGUAUGGCCUGCCGGUGCUAUUCGAGGAUGUGGAUGACUAUAUAGAUCCGGUUAUAGACGAUAUAUUGCAAAAGAAUGUGCGCACACAGGGCGGACGCAAAUUUGUUAUGCUGGGCGACAAGGAAGUGGACUGGGAUCCCAAGUUUCGUUUGUAUUUGACUACAAAGUUUGCUAAUCCCAAAUUUGAUCCGGCUGUGUAUGCCAAAGCUUUGGUUAUAAACUAUACAGUGACUCAAACUGGUCUGGAGGAUCAGCUGCUAAGCGUUGUGGUUGGCACAGAGCGUCCUGAUUUGGAGCAGCAGCGCGAAUCGUUGAUAGCGCAAACCAGCGAGAACAAGCAGCUGCUGCAGCAGCUUGAGGAUUCACUGCUGCGUGAGCUGGCCACUUCGACAGGCAACAUGCUGGACAACACUGAGCUAAUCGAAACGCUGGAGAACACCAAGUCCAAGGCUGGGCUGGUUAUGGAGCAGCUGAAGCUUGCAAGCGACACUGCUGCUGAUAUUGAAAUUCUACGCAAUGGCUAUAGACCUGCUGCCAAGCGUGGCGCAGUGCUGUUCUUUGCGCUCGCCGACAUGGCCACCGUCAAUAGCAUGUAUCAAUAUGCGCUGGCCGCUUACCUGGAUGUGUUUGUUUACUCGCUGCGCAAGGCUGUGCCGGAUACGGUGCUGUCCAAGCGCUUGAAUAAUAUUAUCAAAACGUUAACCGAGAAUGUUUACUCAUACGGCUGCACGGGCAUCUUUGAGCGCCACAAGCUGCUGUUCUCCUUCCAAAUUGCCACCAAGCUGGCACAGCGUGAUGGAAUUUUAUCGCAAGCGGAAAUCGAUUUCUUUAUCAAAGGCAGCAUAGCGUUGACCAAAAGCGAACGCACCAAUCCCAGCAAGUGGUUGUCCGAGAAGAGCUGGGAGGAUGUGCUUAAGCUGUCGCUAGACUUUCCCGAUAGUUUUGGCUCGCUGCCUGAUCAUUUUGGUGUCAAUCUAAACGAAUGGAAGGAGUGGUUCGAUUUGGAGAAUCCCGAGGAGGUGGCAUGUCCGGGUGGCUACAACAUCAAAUGCAAUGCAUUCCAGAAACUGUUGUUCCUGCGCUGCUUCCGCGUGGAUCGCAUAUUCCGCUGCAUCAAUCAAUACAUUGUGGACACCAUGGAUGAGUUCUUCAUCAUGCCGCCAGUUGUUAGCUUCUCAGCGGUUUACGAGCAAACCACUUGCAAUAUACCUGUUUGCUUUAUACUCAGCGCUGGCUCGGAUCCCACCAAUGAUCUCAUAAAGUUAGCAGAUGCUGUUAUUGGCGGCAUGGCUAACUUCUGUCACAUCAGCUUGGGUCAGGGUCAGGAGAAGGCGGCUAUGAAUCUGCUGGACAAUGCGCUGCGUCAGGGCAUGUGGCUGAUGCUGCAGAAUGGACAUUUGCUGGUGCGUUUUAUACGCGAGCUGGAAAAGUUUCUGGACAAAGUGGAGAAUCCGCAUCCGGACUUUAGAUUAUGGAUUACAACAGAUCCAACACCUACUUUUCCCAUAGGCAUACUACAAAAGUCGCUUAAGGUGGUCACUGAGCCGCCCAAUGGCUUAAAGCUGAAUCUGCGCUCUACUUAUUUCAAGGUGCGUCAAGAUCGUCUGGAGGCCUGCACUCAUCCCGCCUAUCGUCCAUUGAUUUAUGUGCUUGCCUUCUUUCAUGCUGUGGUGCAAGAACGUCGCAAAUACGACAAGCUGGGCUGGAACAUUGCAUACGAUUUCAACGAUACGGACUUUGAGGUGUGCUCCGAAAUUCUGCGCAACUAUUUGAGUCGCUAUGCGGACGAUAAAGUGCCCUGGAACAGCUUGAAGUAUCUCAUUGGCGAGGUCAUGUACGGCGGGCGUGUUAUUGAUGACUUCGAUCGUCGCAUUACCAACUGCUAUAUGAACGAGUAUAUGGGUGACUUUUUGUUCGAUGUGUUCCAAACAUUCCAUUUCUAUGAGGAUGAAAAUGUCGACUAUUGUCUGCCCGAUAAGGAGACGGUGCUGAAAGAGGACUACAUAGCGCACAUUGACAAACUGCCGCUGGUCAAUAAGCCGGAUGUAUUUGGUUUGCAUCCAAACGCGGAAAUCGGUUAUUACACAAUGGCCGCGCGCAAUAUUUGGAUCAGUCUGAUUGAGUUGCAGCCACAAACUGGUGAAGGCACCGGCGGCAUAAGCCGAGACGAUUUCAUAGACUCAGUGGCAGCUGGAAUACUGAAAAAGCUGCCGCCGGCAUUCGAAACGUGGCGCAUACGCAAGCAAGUGCAGAUGAGUCUGUCACCCACCGGUGUGGUGCUGCUGCAGGAGCUGGAUCGUUUCAAUUUGCUGGUGGUGCGCAUUAAGAAGACACUGGAGCUGCUACGCAAGGCCAUAGCUGGUGAAAUCGGCAUGGACACUGUGCUGGACAACAUUGCCAACUCGUUAUUUAAUGGCCUGCUGCCAGCCGUAUGGAGCAAACUGGCGCCGGCCACAUGCAAGCAGCUCGCCAGCUGGCUAGAACAUUUGCAGAAACGCGCCACACAGUACAAGUACUGGUCGCUCUCGGGUGAGCCACUGGUCAUGUGGUUGUCUGGACUGCAUAUACCGCAGAGCUAUCUAACAGCGCUGGUGCAGAUAGCCUGCCGCAAGAAUGCCUGGCCACUGGAUCGCUCCACGCUGUUCACCUAUGUAACCACCUAUAUGGAGCCAGACGAUGUGGAGGAACGCCCUGCUACAGGCUGCUUUGUGCAUGGUUUGUACAUAGAGGGCGCACGCUUUGAUAUGGGCACUAAUCAGUUGGCGCGUUCGGAGCCCAAAAUUCUGGUAGAGGAGCUGGCCAUAUUAGCAGUGGUGCCCAUUGAGGCGCACAGGCUUAAGCUACAGAACACUUUUCUGGCUCCAGUGUAUACCACAUCGCUGCGACGCAAUGCGAUGGGCGUUGGACUCGUAUUUGAAGCUAAUUUGGCAACCUCUGAGGAUCUUAGCCACUGGAUAUUGCAGGGCGUUUGCCUUACCUUAAAUACAGAUACAUAAUGUGUUAGAUUUAAAAGACUGC